GCUGGGUGGGGUCUGAGAGCCUGUGACCUCCACCAGCUUCCUCCUCCUAGUCCUCCCUGAGGACUGAAUCUGGGACACAGAAGGGCAGAGAUUCAGGCCUGCCUUUCCUCUGCCUGAAAGAGCCUGUGCUGACCCUGGGCAGAGAAGGAUGAGAAGUGAGGCUGAGUGAGGUGGGGCUGCAGGGAUCCAGGUGGGAGGGGCCCAGCCAACCAAGGUCAGGCCCCGUCCCUCAGCAGGAGGAUGGGCACUGGGGCCCUUGGGCAGGGCUGACUUGACACUGACCACAAGGGAGGCCCUUUUGCAAUAAGGGAAAAGAAGCCAGAUGGAUAAAGGAAGUGCUGGUCACCCUGGAGGCGCACGGGUUUGGGGAAGGUUCCCGGCCCCCACAGCCCUCUGCGGAGCCUGAGCCCGGCUCCCCCCACUCACCUCAACCCCCAGGCAGCCCCUCCACGGGGCCCCUCUCCUGCCUGGACGGCUCUGCUGGUCUCCCCAUCCCCUGGAGGAGAGCAAGGCCAUGGGCCGGCCCCUGCUGCUGCCCCUGCUGCCCCUGCUGCUGCCGCCAGCAUUUCUGCAGCCUGGUGGCUCCGCGGGAUCCGGUCCAAGCGGCCCUAUGGGGGUCACUCAACCAAAACACCUCUCAGCCCCUAUGGGUGGCUCCGUGGAAAUUCCCUUCUCCUUCUAUCACCCCUGGGAGUUAGCCACAGCUCCCAACAUGCAAAUAUCUUGGAGACGGGGCCACUUCCACGGGCAGUUCUUCUACAGAACAAGGCCAGCUUUCAUUCACAAGGAUUACUCGAACCGGCUCUUUCUGAACUGGACAGAGGGUCAGGACCACGGGCUCCUCAGGAUCUCGAACCUGCGGAAGGAGGACCAGUCUGUGUAUUUCUGCCGAGUCCAGCUGGACACACGGAGAUCAGGGAGGCAGCAGUGGCAGUCCAUCAACGGGACCAAACUCACCAUAACCCAGGCUGUCAUGACCACCACCACCUGGAGGGCCAGCAGCCCGACCACCACCUGGUGGCCCAACAGUGCAACCACCACAGCUGGACUCAGGGUCACAGAAGGCAAAGGGCACGCAGAAUCAUGGCACCUAAGUCUGGACACUGCUGUCAGUGUGGCAUUGGCUGCUGCUGUGCUCAAAACUGUCGCUUUGGGACUGCUGUGCCUCCUCAGGUGGAGAAGAAGGAAAGGUCAGCAGCAGACUAAAGCCACAACCCCAGCCAGAUAGCAGGGCGCCAAGCAGUGACUCCCGACCAACAGGGUGCGGGGAGAAGGGAUGUGUAUUAGCCCCAGAGGACGUGCUGUGAGACCCGCUUGUGAGUACUCUACACUGGUUCCCCAUUGGCAAGAUACAUGGAGAGCAUCCUGAGGACCUAAAAAAGGCAGAGCCGCAAGGCAGAAGGAGCCUGGGUCCCUGAAUCACCAACUGGAGGAGAAAUACCUACAACAGCCUUCAUCCAGGAGCAUCUACUCUGCAGUGACACAGGAAUUGAGGUCUGAACUCCACUGAAUUAAACCACUGGCAUUCGGGGGCUGUUCAUUAUAGCAGUGCUGAGAGUUCCUUUAUCUUCCCCAAGGUUGGAAAAUUACAAUUUAUUUUGCUUACCGUAUACCCCUUUUCUCCUCGUCCACAUUUUCCAAUCUGGAAGACACGGUGGCUGUCUUCUCCUAUGGCAGGGGUUUUGGGGAAUAAACAGUGUGAAACGCUGCUG